UACGCUGUUGGAAAGGUUCUGCCAGCACUUAAUGGAAAAUUGACUGGAAUGUCCUUCCGUGUUCCUACUGUGGAUGUCUCUGUUGUUGACCUCACUGUCAGGCUUGAGAAGAAGGCAACAUACGAGGCUAUCAAAUCUGCUAUCAAGGAGGAGUCUGAGAAUAACCUCAAGGGUAUUCUGGGUUACGUUGAAGAGGAUAUGGUGUCUACUGACUUCAUUGGUGACAGCAGGUCAAGCAUAUUCGAUGCCAAGGCUGGAAUUGCUUUGAACGAUAACUUCGUCAAACUUGUCUCUUGGUAUGACAAUGAAUGGGGCUACAGUUCACGCGUGAUUGACUUGAUAGUGGCCAAGACUCAAGCUUGAAGCUGAAGCUGAAGCAUGGAUGAUGAGUUGAGGCGCUUUUUUUUCGAUUUUGUGGUUUAUGAGCACAAGGUGUUGGAUGAUGUGCGAAGUUUGGAUCUUAAAAUAAACAAUUGACUCUGAUUUUUGUUUUGGACAUUAAGCUAGGGAUGUACUACAGUUUUAUCUUGUUUAUCCUUUAUAUUUCCCCCCUCUCUCUCCUCUACCACUGGUUUGCUUUCUCAUCCUGGGGAUGCCAUGGGAUGCUUCGAUCAUGAUAAGAAGGAUGCAAAAAUUGGUCAAUUUUUGUCUUAUUUUUGUUUAUUUCCUAGUUCAAAAUAAAUGUUGAAUAGCAAGUUGAUCUCAA